AUGGUUGAGAAAAUCGAAUCAAUCCAGCAGUUCCGAGAGCUUAUCAACGGCGAUGUACCUGUCGUCAUCGAUUGCUAUGCGGAUUGGUGUGGGCCAUGCAGAAUCAUUUCCCCUAGAUUUGCAGAGUUGUCGGGUCAAUAUACGCAAGUGAAAUUCUACAAGCUCAAUGUUGACGAACAACAAGACAUCAGCAGCGAACUUCAAAUCCGAUCGAUUCCAGCGUUCUUUGUCUUCCGUAAUGGAAACAAAACUGAGGAACUUGUCGGGGCUAACCCCAGCGCACUGAAUGUUCGUACCUGUAGGUCUUUGGCUGGUGGUCCUAGCUAA